AUGAAGAUGAUGAAGGUGCUACUGUGGCCCGCUGCUCUUUUUCUAGUGACUGCAUUCACUCUGGAGCCAUCUCACUGUGCCAAGGUGCUGAUCAUGCCCACCAUAGUCUUUGACAGCCACUUGCGAGUCUUCAUGAGAGUGGCAGAGGCACUGACUGAUCGGGGCCACGACCCCGUGCUACUCCUUCAUGAAGGUCGGGACAUGGAAACCUAUCUGCCUGCCUUCCGUGUGCAGAGGUACUGGGGCAUCUUCAGCACAGAGAACGCAGAUGAGUGGGUGCAGGAGAAGAUAAAGCGUGUCUUUCAAGGGAGGAUGACUUCUCUGGAGAUGUUUUCUUUUCUGGAGAAGUACCUGGAAAACUGUGACCUAGUACUGGGAAACUCUACCCUUCUGCAGAAACUCCAGUGUGAGCGCUUUGACCUGCUCUUGGUGGACCCCAAUGAGAUGUGUGGAUUUAUCCUGGCUCACAUCCUACGUGUCAAAUAUGCUGUGAUUUCCACAGGUUUCUGGUUCCCAGCAGAGAUUGGGGCCACUUCCCCCAUUGCCUAUGUCCCUGAAUUCAAUUCCCUGAUGACAGACAGGAUGGGCUUCUUUGGUAGGACUUGGAAUCUUCUAGUCUACAUGAUCACUCGCGUGGCUACAAAGCUGGUCAUCCUGCCCAAGUUUGAACGUCUCAUGGAGAAGCAUAGGGUGGAGCCCAAGACAUCCAUGUUGGACCUUGUUCAUGGAACUAGUCUUUUCUUCCUGUGUAAUGAUGUGGUGUUAGACUUUCCCCGUCCAACACUCCCCCAUGUCAUUUUCACAGGGGGCAUCCUCGCUGAACCUGCAAAGCCCCUUCCAGUGGGUCUGCGUCUCUGGGUGGAAGCAGCAGAGGCAGGUGUAGUUGUUGUCUCCUUUGGCAUUGGGAUCCGAGCUCUUCCGAGCGAUUUGGUGGAGAAGAUGGCUGGCGCGUUUGCUCGCCUCCCACAAAGGGUGGUGUGGAGAUACUUUGGUCAGAAGCCAAGAAACCUGGGUGAGAAUACGCUGAUGAUGGGCUGGCUGCCCCAGAAUGACCUGCUAGGCCACCCUAACGUGAAAGCCUUCGUCAGCCACUGUGGGAUGAAUGGUGUAUUUGAGGCAAUUUAUCACGGUGUGCCAGUGGUGGGAUUUCCUUUCUAUGGGGACCAGUUCGACAUCAUGACCAGAGUGCAGGCAAAGGGCAUGGGUAUCCUCAUGGACUGGAGCAGAGUAAAAGAAGAGGAACUUUACCAGGCUGUUAUCACAGUCAUCUCUGACCCCAGCUACAGAAAAGCAGCCCAGCUCAUCUCGGCUCUGCACCUGGACAGACCGAUGCAUGCUCUCAAUAGGACAGUGUAUUGGCUGGAGUACAUCCUUCGUCACAAUGGGGCACCCUAUCUUCGCCCUGCUGUCUACGACCUCUCCUUAUAUGAGUACUUCUGCCUGGACAUCUUGGCCCUCCUCUUGUUGUGUCUGGCCGGUGCUGGAUUUGUUGUCUACAAAUCUGUGGUGUGGUGCAGAAGGAAGGGGGCCAGUCCUGUGUAUCAGAAUGGCAAUUGCAUGAAAGGCCACUACACAGAAGAGAAAAAACUGCAGUAGUGGCUCAGUGUGUUCCAGGGCGAAUCCUGUCACUGUGAAACGAACUGCUGCUGUGCCAAGAAAUGUAUGGCAUGCAGGCACAGAGAGAGGUGAAAGAUCCGUGGGUCUGGAUGAGAAGAGAGUG